AUGGUGUCGGAGCAAGGUCCGCACGAGAAGCGACUGCUGAAUUCGCUGCUCGCGUCCUACAACACGCUCGAGCGGCCGGUCGCGAACGAGAGCGAGCCUCUCGAGGUCAAGUUUGGACUCACGUUACAGCAGAUCAUUGACGUGGACGAGAAGAAUCAACUACUUAUAACCAAUAUAUGGCUGUCAUUGGAAUGGAAUGACUACAACCUCAGAUGGAAUGACACCGAGUAUGGAGGUGUUAAAGACCUUCGGAUCACACCAAACAAACUGUGGAAGCCGGACGUACUCAUGUAUAAUAGUGCUGACGAGGGUUUUGACGGGACCUACCAGACCAACGUGGUGGUCAGAAACAACGGCAGUUGCCUGUACGUGCCUCCGGGCAUUUUCAAGAGCACAUGCAAGAUAGACAUCACUUGGUUCCCCUUCGACGACCAACACUGUGAUAUGAAGUUCGGUAGCUGGACCUAUGACGGCAACCAGUUGGAUCUCGUGCUAAAAGACGAAGCGGGCGGUGAUUUGUCUGACUUCAUCACGAAUGGAGAAUGGUAUUUGAUAGGAAUGCCUGGAAAAAAGAACACCAUAACGUACGCAUGUUGCCCGGAGCCGUACGUCGACGUGACCUUCACCAUUAUGAUUAGGAGACGAACUCUUUAUUACUUCUUCAACUUGAUAGUGCCAUGUGUUCUCAUCUCUUCUAUGGCGCUAUUGGGCUUCACUUUACCUCCUGACUCGGGGGAGAAACUUACAUUAGGAGUCACUAUUCUUCUCUCGCUGACGGUGUUCCUCAACCUGGUAGCCGAGACCCUGCCGCAGGUCUCCGACGCAAUCCCCUUGUUAGGAACGUAUUUCAACUGCAUCAUGUUCAUGGUGGCAUCAUCUGUGGUAUUGACUGUGGUGGUAUUAAAUUACCACCAUCGAACAGCUGAUAUACAUGAGAUGCCACAGUGGAUAAAAACAGUGUUCCUGCAAUGGUUGCCAUGGAUACUGCGCAUGUCCAGGCCAGGGAAGAAGAUAACGCGGAAGACAAUCAUGAUGUCCAAUAGAAUGCGUGAACUGGAGCUUAAAGAACGUUCAUCUAAGUCCCUGUUGGCCAAUGUGUUGGAUAUCGAUGAUGAUUUUAGACAUGCCCCGCCACCGCCUAAUAGUACGGCAUCUACAGGGAAUUUGGGGCCAGGGUGUUCAAUAUUUCGCACGGAUUUCCGGCGGUCGUUCGUGCGGCCGUCGACCAUGGAGGAUGUGGGAGGUGGACUCGGUAGCCACCACAGGGAGCUCCACCUCAUCCUCAGGGAGCUGCAGUUCAUCACAGCGAGGAUGAAAAAGGCCGACGAAGAGGCCGAGCUCAUCAGCGACUGGAAAUUCGCUGCGAUGGUUGUUGACAGGUUUUGCCUGUUCGUGUUCACUCUAUUCACAAUUAUCGCAACGGUGGCCGUGCUGUUGUCGGCGCCGCAUAUCAUCGUGCAGUAAUCCACGUCGCCCACCGGUGACCCCCGCCAGUGCCCGCUGGCCCCAACUACGAGAGAACUAAUCUUAGACUUCGCCGAACGAUGUAAUUAUAAUUAUGUAUAAUACUAUAACUAAAUACGUGGUUGAAACGCACACGUCUCCAUUAACUAAGUCGAAAGACGGUAAAUAUAAAUACCUUAAUACGUUAAAUAGCGUAGUUAAGUCCAGCAUAUUAUUAAACGAUUGUGAUGUUAACUAGAAUGUUAUACAGAUUAAUGUUGACGAGUAUAAUUUGUUAAAUUAUAUAAUUAUAUUUCUAAUUAAUACGGAUAAAGAGGUUAUAAAUGAAGUUUUAGUUAAUGGGACAGAUGGAAUGUGUUGCCCAGGUAUGAACAUUGAUGCACUUUGGUUGACAGAUGUGCUGCAAGCGUCAAAGAUCGUACUGAUAUUCAAUUUAAUAUGUUAAUGGAAGCAUUUGGGAAGUUGUUUGAAAUAUAUUUUGUACCAAAGUAAGAAAUGGAAGAAUUAAUAGGAUAAAUGAAGCAGAACUCGUUUCCAUAAGGUAGAUUAUAAACAAAGUGGUGACUGUAUCCUCUAUAGUAACAAUUGAGGGAUCACAGACGAUGACAUUACCCUAGGGUAUUAAGUAACUUGUACAUAACAUAAUGGAUCAAGUAAAGGUAGAAUUGAGACACAGUAGCCUACAUUAGAUUAUGUUGUAAGAGUAUUGCAUCUAGGAACAGUGAGAAAUGUUAUAUGUGACCUUAAAAUUGAUUUCUUGCGAGUGUCUACCUAAUAUCAGGAAUUUACAGCAAUGGAAUUGAUAAAUGCAGUGAUUAAAAGAACCAAAGUAAUGGUAGAUUAGUGAGAUAGUAAGACACAGAUAAUGAUGAAUUUAAAAGAUAUCAGUCUGAAAUAAAUAAUAAACACUUUGAAAGAUUGAUUUCAUUUAAACGAAAUUAAAUUUUGUUUUAUAGAUAUUGUAGUCACAAAUAUUGCAUAUUAGAAGAAUGAAAAGUAUAUAAUGAAUAUAGAAUGUAAAGGAUUUGUUCUGUUUAUGUUUUUGCAAUGUUUAAUAGUGUUAGUAUACACGCAGACAUAGAAAAAAUGUUGGCAGUACGUUCAAUAGCUUACGUUAUAUUAAGUGUAUCCGAUAGCGCUACAAUAUCACUAAUCACCAGUUAUCAGUAAUUGUAUAUAUUAUUAAAUAUAUCACGAUGUGUAUUUUGUACAUAAAAUAUAGAAAAUGCGGAAAAAGACUAGUAAAAUAUUUUACCGAUUAGGACGUCUGUCAGUAUGUCUUUUUGGGUAAUACGAUCUCUGCACACAGGCACUGAAAAUGAAAUCUCCAAUAAAAGCUCAAAGAGACAUCAAGCGCCGCGGUGUACGAAUUUUCGUGGUGUUUUCUAAGGACCCUUUAUUGAGUUAUCCAGCCAAGUAGAAAAUGCCUUGUUUCGGUAUUGAAUCACACAAUUUAUUAAACAUUAAUGUUUUUCUAUCAAGCAAUUUGUCAAUCGCUCAUUUUAGUUUUGUCAGGCACUUGCUUGAUUUUGCGGGUUAUUUCAACGGAAGACGACCUUUGUGUUUUUUGCAUAUUGUUUUAUUUUCUUAGGUUACGGGUUCGAACCCCGCACAAUAUAAACAUUUGUAUU